AUGGCUGCUAGCUUAAACAAGAGUACUAGCAGCGGGUCCAAGGAGUUUAACCCUGUACUCGAUAGAUAUCUUUCGCAUCCGCUCACUUUUAAGCCCGGAAGACAGAUGGAUGCCAACACCAGUACCGAGGGCAAGCCAGGCAAUUAUAUAAUUCUCUCGCGCAAGAAGAAGACUUUGGCCAGCGGAGGAAGCAUAGCGAUUAACGGAAGCAGUUCUCCAACUUCUGCUACCACUUCCCCGAAGUCUUUAGCGAAAGCUACACACAAGCCGAGGUCUAUGGCUGAGGCUGUAGCUGCGUAUACUGGUAAGAAGUUUCUUACUAAGGCAGAGAAAAAACAGUUAUCAAGAAAGAGGAAGCUAGAAGAGGCGGAAGAAAAACGUCAAGUGAAUCAAGAUGCUAAUACUACUUCAUCUGCAUCUACAUCGAUCAUCAAGAAUAUUUUCAGCAUUUAUAACCGAACUGCCAGCUCUCAGAAUGAGGAUUUGGGUGAGAAUGUGACGUCCGAUAACGAUUCACAGUAUGAAUCGGCUUCUGAAGUGUUUGAAGAAACAAGCAACAAUAAUACCGAGAGCGAGAGUCCUUUCACAGGUUUCAGUGAGUCUGAGUCCAAGAGCGGAACUCCUGGUGCUGAAGAUAAGAAUGAUGUAGAUGAAGAAGAAGAAGAUGAAGAAGACGACGAUUUCAAUAAUUCCAGUUCCUCUUCUAGUUCAUCCGUGGAAGAUUCGUCUAGGUCGACUACUCCUUCUGAAGAAGAUGAAGACGAGGAUAAAGACCUUGAGAAGUUGAAGUAUGACUUAAAAACGGAUCAGCUUGAGAAUCAGAAACAGAAAGACGAAGACUAUGAAGAAGAAGAUGAAGACGACGAAGAAGAAGAUUUGGAAGAUGAAGAGAAGCUGAAACAGCAGUCGAAAGAGUCAUCUACACCACCGACUUCACCUGAGGAGGACAACGAUGAAGAGAAACAGCUUCAGUUCUACGAUAUGGGAGAGGACCCUUCUGAUCGAGGUUCAAACCACAGCAAGCGUAUAUACAAGAACUGGCGGGAGUUGGAAAACAAGAAGCCUGUAGGGUUAUUGAACCAUGGCGUGACUUGUUACAUGAACUCAGCCAUCCAAGCCAUGGUUCACAUUCCUGCUAUUCAGCAUUAUCUCAACGCUAUCAACCACAACAAGGUCUCGGAGUUGAAGCCUCGUUCAGUGAGCCAUGUGUUGGCUGACUUGAGUCGUCGUAUGUGGGCUCUAGAUGGCACUAAGCAUGUCAAGUACGUCAACCCCAAGAAGAUCAUCCAACGUUUAGGUGAUAUCAACUGUAUGAUGAGCGAAUGGCAGCAGGAAGAUGCCCAUGAGUACUUUAUGUCGUUGAUGUCACGUUUGCAAGAAGACCUGACACCCAAGGGAGUCAAGAUGAACCAGUCUAUCAUAUAUGACAUCUUUGGAGGGUUACUCGCACAGAGAAUCACAUGUACCAAAUGUAACAAUGUUUCGGAAACGAAGCAGGAGUUCUACGACUUGCUGUUAGGGCUCAAUAAGAAGAAACUCAGAGACCACCAGCCUAUAGAUGACUCAAUUCCCAGCUCCAAUCGUUAUCUGAUUGAGAAGUCGGUCCGCGAUUUCUUCAGUAACGAAUUGAUCAAGAUCGACAAGGCAGACAGCAAACUGGGCUACUUCUGCGAGAAGUGCCAGGACCGUACUGUAGCACAUAAGAUAUCAUUUAUAGACAGAUCGCCAGAGUAUUUGACGGUGCAUCUCAAGCGUUUCAAGUUCAACGGCAACUCGUCGCUGAAGGUGAAGCAGUCCAUCAGCUAUAGCGAUGUUCUAGACUUGACUCGGUACACUGUGGAUGCGCGUCAUGCUGCGAAGUACAAGUUGAUGGCAGUGAUAGUUCACGAGGGUAGAUCCAUCUCUAGUGGACACUAUAUUGCUCAUUGUCUUCAGCCAGACGGCAGUUGGGCCACGUAUGACGACGAGUACAUCAACAAGAUUGAUGCAAGAAUAGCUUUGGCCGAUCCGUCGGCUUAUGUGUUGGUGUAUUCGAAGUUGACACCGAAGGAUUUAAAGAGAAAUGGGGAUGGUAUUGAAAGUGAGGCAAAGAGAAGAAAGAUAUAG